GCUGUCAAAGCUUGCUGCCUUGCGCUCGCACACGGCACCGGACAACGCAACUUCGCCGAGUUUUGACAGGACGGCAACUGAGUCAGGAGAGCCCAGCUGGCUUUGAACACCGUAUUUAUUUCAUGGAGGCUGCUCACAGCGGGAUCUAAGCUCUGUCAGAGUCUCUAAGGGAACAAACGCACCGGGAAAGACAAGGAACUCCAGCUUGGUUUGUGCUGGCUCUCCAAUUUCUGCUGCAGAUUACAAAGGCCAAGCAGACCUAAGACUCUCUCAGCUUUGAAAGGGAACUGGGCACCACAAUGGGACUCCCCAGCCAGGUCUUGGCCUGUGCCAUCCUCGCUUUGCUGUCCCAGCAUGUCACUGGAGGACUCAUCAAGAGAACUAUCCGGCAGAAGAGGGAGGCUGGCCUGAACGUGACCUUGCCAGAGGAUAACCAGCCUGUGGUUUUCAACCACGUCUACAACAUUAAGCUGCCUGUUGGCUCCCUCUGCUCUGUGGACCUGGACACAGCGAGCGGCGACGCCGACCUGAAGGGGGAAAUUGAGCCCGUCAAGAACUACGAGGAGCACACGGUGAAUGAGGGGAACCAGAUUGUCUUCACGCACAGGAUUAACAUUCCCCGCCGGGCUUGUGGCUGUGCAGCUGCCCCAGAUAUUAAGGAUCUGCUGAGCAGACUAGAGGAGCUGGAGGGGCUGGUCUCCUCCCUGCGGGAGCAGUGUGCCAGCGGGGCUGGAUGCUGUCCUAAUUCCCAGGCAGUAGAAGGUCGCCUGGACACCACGCCCUAUUGCAGCGGGCACGGCAACUACAGCAUUGAGAUCUGCGGCUGCAUCUGCGAGCCGGGCUGGAAGGGCCCCAACUGCAGCCAGGCCUCGUGUCCCUCCGACUGCAACGACCAGGGCAAGUGCGUGGACGGGCUGUGCGUGUGCUUCGAGGGCUACACGGGCCCGGACUGUGGCCAGGAGCUCUGCGCCCAGGGCUGCGGCGCCCACGGGCGCUGCGUGGGCGGGCAAUGCGUGUGCCACGAGGGCUUUGUGGGUGACGACUGCAGCGUGCCCCUGUGCCCCCACAACUGCCAUGGCCGCGGGCGCUGCGUGGACAGCGAGUGCGUGUGCGACGAGGGCUACACCGGCGAGGACUGCAGCGAGCUCAUCUGCCCCAACGACUGCUUCGACCGUGGGCGCUGCGUGAACGGCACCUGCUUCUGUGAGGAGGGCUUCACCGGUGAGGACUGCGGGGAGCUCACCUGCCCCAACGACUGCCACGGCAACGGGCGCUGCGAGAACGGGCUGUGUGUGUGCUACGAGGGCUUUGUGGGCGACGACUGCAGCGAGAGGAGGUGCCCCAACGACUGCCACAACCGCGGGCGCUGCGUGGGCGGGCGCUGCGUGUGCCACGAGGGGUACCUGGGCGAGGACUGCGCGGAGCUGCGCUGCCCCAACGACUGCCACAACCGUGGGCGCUGCGAGAAUGGGCAGUGUGUGUGCCAUGAGGGGUUCAUCGGGGAGGACUGCGGGGAGCUGCGCUGCCCCAAUGACUGCCACAACCGCGGGCGCUGCGAGAACGGGCAGUGUGUGUGCCAUGAGGGCUUCACAGGGGAUGACUGCGGCCAGUUGCGGUGCCCCAGCGACUGCCACAACCGCGGGCUGUGCGUCAAUGGGCAGUGUGUGUGUGAUGAGGGGUACACGGGCGAGGACUGUGCUGAGCUGCGCUGCCCCAAUGACUGCCACAACCGCGGGCGCUGCGUGGAGGGGCGCUGCGAGUGUGACAACGGCUUCACAGGGGAUGACUGCGGUGAGCUGGCCUGCCCCAACAACUGCCACGGGCGUGGGCGCUGCAUCGACGGGCGCUGUGUGUGCCACGAGGGCUUCGUGGGUGAGGACUGCCGGGAACGCUCCUGCCCCAAUGACUGCAACAACGCAGGCCGCUGCGUGGACGGGCGCUGUGUCUGCGAGGAUGGCUACAUCGGGGAUGACUGCUCUGAUGUGUCUCCUCCAACUGAGCUGACUGUGACCAACGUGACAGAUAAAACUGUCAAUCUGGAGUGGAAGCACGAGAACCUCGUCAACGAGUACCUCGUCACCUACGUCCCCACCAGCAGUGGUGGCUUGGACAUGCAGUUCACCGUGCCAGGGAACCACACAGCUGCCACCAUUCACGAGCUGGAGCCCGGGGUGGAGUACUUUAUCCGUGUCUUUGCAAUCCUGAAAAACAAGAAGAGUAUUCCAGUCAGCGCCAGGGUAGCCACAUAUCUGCCUGCUCCAGAAGGCCUGAGAUUCAAAUCUGUUCGGGAAACAUCUGUCCAGGUGGAGUGGGACCCUCUGAACUUUUCUUUUGAUGGCUGGGAGCUGGUCUUCCAUAAUAUGAAAAAGGAUGAUAAUGGUGACAUAACCAGCAGCUUGAAAAGGCCAGAGACAUCCUACAUGCAGCCAGGUUUGGCACCUGGGCAGCAGUACAAUGUGUCCAUCCAUAUAGUGAAGAACAACACCAGAGGACCAGGCCUGUCCAAAGUCAUCACCACAAAGCUUGAUGCCCCCAGUCAGGUGGAGGCCAAAGAUGUUACUGACACCACGGCUCUCAUUACGUGGUCCAAACCCUUGGCUGAAGUUGAAGGUGUAGAGCUCACUUAUGGCCCCAAGGACAUUCCAGGGGACAGGACAACCAUUGACCUCUCUGAAGAUGAGAACCAAUAUUCCAUUGGCAACCUGAGGCCACACACGGAGUAUGAGGUGACGCUCGUCUCUCGUCGAGGGGACAUGGAGAGUGACCCUGUGAAGGAAGUCUUUGUCACAGACCUGGAUGCUCCAAGGAACCUGAAGCGGGUGUCCCAGACUGACAGCAGCAUCACCCUGGAGUGGAAGAACAGCCACGCCAAUGUCGAUAAUUACCGAAUCAAGUUUGCCCCCAUCUCUGGUGGGGACCACGUGGAGAUCACGGUGCCCAAGGGCAGCCAGGCCACAACCAGAGCUACACUCACAGGUUUGAGACCUGGAACUGAAUAUGGCAUUGGAGUGACAGCAGUGAGGAAUGACAGGGAAAGUGCUCCUGCUACCAUCAAUGCUGGCACUGAUCUUGAUAACCCCAAGGACUUGGAAGUCAGCGAGCCCACUGAGACCACCUUGUCCCUGCGCUGGAGAAGGCCGGUGGCCAAGUUUGACCACUACCGCCUGGUUUACACCGGUGCCUCUGGGAAGAAGAGCGAGGUGGAGAUCCCAGUGGACAGCACCUCCUUCCUUCUGCGGGGGCUGGAGCCAGGCACCGAGUACACCAUCAGCCUGCUGGCAGAGAAGGGACGGCACAAGAGCAAGCCCACCACUGUCAAGGGCUCCACAGAGGAGGAACCUGAGCUGGGGAAGUUCUCAGUGUCAGAGCCUGGCUGGGAUGGUUUCCAGCUCACCUGGACAGCCGCAGACGGGGCCUAUGAGAGCUUUGUCCUGCAGGUGCAGGAGGCUGGCAGCCCCGAGCCCAGCCGCAAUGUCACAGUCCCGGGGACACUGAGCUCUGUGAAUGUCACCGGCCUCAAGGCCAACACUUCUUACACCAUCACCCUUCAGGGGCUCACUCGGGGCUACAGGAGCAAGCCCCUUUCUCUUGAGACCACCACAGGAGAGCAGCCCGGCGUUGCUGAGCUAAUGGUUUCCGACAUUACCCCCGAAAGCUUCAACAUCUCCUGGACAGCCUCCAACGGGGACUUCGACGUCUUUACCAUUGAAAUUAUUGAUUCUAACAGGUUGCUGGAGCCCAUGGAGUUCAACUUCUCAGGCAACGCAAGGACUGCUCAUAUCUCAGGGCUUUCUCCCAGCACUGAUUUCAUUGUCUACCUCUCCGGGAUCUCUCACGGGUUCCGCACACAGGCAAUCAGUGCUGCAGCUACCACAGAAGCAGAACCCGAGGUCGACAACCUUCUGGUUUCAGACGCAACCCCAGAUGGAUUCCGUCUCUCCUGGACUGCAGAUGAGGGGGUUUUCAACAGCUUUGUUCUAAAAAUCAGGGACACCAAAAGGAAAUCUGACCCCCUGGAGCUGAUAGUGCCAGGCCAUGAGCGCACCCAGGAUAUAACAGGGCUGAAAGAGGGCACUGAAUAUGAGAUUGAGCUCUAUGGAAUUAGCAGUGGACAACGUUCCCAGCCUGUAAACACAGUAGCAUCCACAGUGGUUGGCUCUCCCAAGGGAAUUUCUUUCUCUGACAUCACGGAAAAUGCUGCCACAGUCAGCUGGACCCCUCCUCGCUCCCGCGUGGAAAACUUCCGGAUCUCCUACGUCCCCGUCACGGGAGGUACUCCAAAUGUUGUCACAGUUGAAGGGAACAAGACGAGGACCAAGCUGGUGAAGCUGGUCCCAGGUGUGGACUACAAUGUCAGCGUCAUCUCUGUGAAAGGCUUUGAAGAAAGCGAGCCCGUCUCUGGCAUCCUGAAAACAGCUCUGGACAGCCCAUCAGGCCUGGUGGUGGUGAACAUUACAGAUUCUGAGGCUCUGGCAACCUGGCAGCCAGCAAUUGCUGCUGUGGAUAACUACGUGGUGUCCUACUCUUCUGAGGAAGAGCCAGAAGUGACCCAGCUGGUCUCCGGGAACACGGUGGAGUACGACCUGAAGGGGCUGCAGCCUGCCACGGAGUACACGCUGAGCGUCCACGCGCAGAAGGGCACGCAGAGGAGCGAGAGCCUCUCCACCCACUUCACCACAGGGCUGGAUGCUCCAAGGGAUCUGAGUGCCACCGAGGUGCAGUCAGAAGCAGCUGUGAUGAGCUGGAGGCCUCCCCGUGCUCCAGUCACUGGAUAUCUCCUGAUCUAUGAAUCCAUUGAUGGCAGAGUCAAGGAAGUCAUCCUAAACCCCGAGACAACUUCCUACAGCCUGACAGAGCUGAGUCCCUCCACGCAGUACACAGUGAAACUGCAGGCCCUGAGUGGAGCCCUGAGGAGCAAAACCAUCCAGACCAUUUUCACCAGCACUGGGCUCCUCUAUCCCUACCCCAAGGACUGCUCCCAGGCCCUGCUGAAUGGAGAAGCCACCUCUGGGCUCUACACAAUUUACCUGAACGGGGACAAGGCUCAGCCUCUGCAAGUGUUCUGUGACAUGGGCGAGGAUGGGGGCGGCUGGAUCGUGUUCCUGAGGCGUCAGAAUGGAAAGCAAGAUUUCUACAAGAACUGGAAUACUUACGUGGCAGGGUUUGGAGAUCCUAAGGAUGAAUUCUGGAUAGGUCUGGAGAACCUGCACAAAAUCACUUCUCAGGGCCUGUAUGAACUGCGGGUGGACCUGAGGGACAAGGGGGACACAGCCUAUGCCGUGUAUGACCGCUUCAGCGUGGGCGACGCCAAGAGCCGCUACCGCCUGCGCGUGGAUGGCUACAGCGGCACAGCAGGUGACUCCAUGACCUACCACAAUGGAAGGUCCUUCUCCACCUUUGACAAAGACCACGACUCUGCCAUCACCAACUGUGCUCUGUCAUACAAAGGAGCUUUCUGGUACAAGAACUGUCACCGAGUCAACCUGAUGGGCAGAUAUGGUGACAACAGCCACAGUCAGGGUGUCAACUGGUUCCACUGGAAGGGCCACGAGUAUUCCAUCCAGUUUGCAGAGAUGAAGCUGAGACCCUCCAGCUUCCGGAACCUGGAGGGGCGUCGGAAGCGAGCGUAGAGCCCGGGGGCUGUGGGCAGGGGCAGGGGAGGGGAUGGAGAGGGGGGUGUGGGGAGACCCUCGGGCAUUGCUGGCCUGGGGCUGUGAGGAGCUGGGACUGGUACCAAAGCAUCGGUGAGCCGCGGCCAGCAGAGGCUUUGCAGCAUUCCAAACAAAAAAAGCCUUAAAGCAUCCCAGAGUUUCCAGCAGAGCAGCUCCAGCUGCCCACCAGGAACGUCCUCCACACCAAAGACAACGAUCUCAAGGGUUCUGUGUUGUUUUAUUAAUUUUUUUUUUAUUUUUUUGCCAGAAAGCGUCUGGGAUAAAGUUCUUCCGACAUCUGACGAUCUCUUGGGUGGCCCAGGGGAGGGGAGGGAGAACAGCUUUGUACAUUGGUAGUUUGUUUUAGAACCAGCCAUAUUUUACACACAGAAAUGUGUAAGAUUAAUUAUCAUUAUUAUCACUAUUAUUAUUAUUAGUUAUAAGUUAAAAUAAUUGGUGGUGUGAAUGCCUUUUUUAUAUAUAUCAAGUACCACAGAGAAGGAGGGAAUGGGAAGGGAAAGCAGUAGGUUUUUAAACUUAAACAUAAGAUUAAUAUUAUUAAUAUAAAGACAAAGUAAUAAUAAUAAUAAUGAUAAUAAUAAUAAGCUACAUUUUGUCAUUUUUAAGAGAACCAUGCUUUUGGAAACACAGCAGGACAGUGUCUGAUUGUAAAUUUUUUUUUUAUAAAUAAAAGCACAAUUACUUUUAAAUAAAUUUCUACUUUUUUUUUUUUUUUUCAUCCAUGUGGAGUUUGUGCAUGUCCAGGAUAUAUUUACUUAGAUGGGGAAAUAAAGACAGACUGAGAUGAAUUAGGCUGCUGAGCCCCUACUGAAAACUGUUCCUUUUUGUCAGUGACUGGUUGUAAUUAUUCUGGUGGGUUUGUUACAGUGAAAUGCCCAUGAGGAUUUGGGUUCUUUCAGAAGAGAAUUCUUUUUUUUUUCCUGCCCAAGAGCUUCUUCCAUGUUUUUCUAAGUGCUACUGACCAAUGCUUGCUCCAUCUAGGUGGGAAUAACUAACAAAGCAAAACAAAGAGAACCCAGAGUUGUUGUUAGGUACCAUGGGCAGUUUGAACACUUGUGUAAAUAAAGGGCUCUCUUUUUUUAUUUUUUUUUAAUAUGAAUGAAAAUCCAUGUAGUUCCUCUGUAUCACACCCUGCAGUUCAAGACAAUAAAAGAUCUCUUG